AAUAAUAAUACAAGUAUGUUUUCAAAAUUUUCAAGCAAACUAUCAUCAUUUAAAUCAUCAAUGACAAAGACCCCAGCAACAGGUAAUAACUCUAUUCAACAGCUAACAGGCCAAGAACCAGUACCCAAAUCAACAACAAAGCAGAUUUCAGAAGAAACAGAGAUGGCAUCUUUCGACGGUGCAUCUAUGAAAAGAAAUCAAAGCUUUAAUAGCUAUACCAAUAUUUCAGAUACUGAGUUUAAUGAUGAUGACCUAAGUGAAAAAAGUGAAAAAUCAAAUACAUCCUCAUAUAAUAUGGAAUAUAUCAAUAGUUUAAAUAAUUUUAGCUUUAAUACUGAUGGCAGUACAACACCUUCAAAGAAAUCAGAUGAUAAUAGUGGAGCAAUUUCAACACCAAAUAAACCAUUACCAUUAUUACCAAAUCAAAUUAAUAAUAAUAACCAAACACCACAAAAAGAAUCAAACAUCAUAACCAAUACCACUGCCACACAAACCAAUUCAUCAACUCCAUUAUCGUCAAAUAAACAAUUCUUUGGUGGUCAUAGAUUUGACUUUAAAUUAAAACCAAAUGGUAUUUUAAGUUUUUCAGAUUAUAGUUCGGUACCAAUCGCUCACAAAUCAUAUUGGGAAAGCAAAGAUGUAAUUUAUUUCAUAAGUGAAAGAUUAUCAUCAAAUAAACAUACAAUAAUAUAAUAUAUUUAUAUGAUAGCUUAUUUUAAACAAAUAUUGCAUAUCACAAUAUACCAAACAAAAUAAAAAAGAAAAAUUCAUAAUAAACAUAUAAAAAAAUUUUAUUAAC